CAUUUUUGUCAAUCUACAUCUCCACAAGGGUUUACGUAGGGUUUUAACAAAUUCUUAAACACAGAAAACCCAACCCCUCCCUUCUCUCUCUCCUUCAAGCUCCACCAAUGGCGCUCCUUUCCCACCCAAACUAGGGCAAGGAAAACCCAUUCAAAAUCCCAACUUUACCCCUCAAUCCCAAUCUAUUUACCUUCUCCACCACCAAUGUUGAAGCUCCUCUCCUCCUCCUCGGCCCUCCGCGGCAAGCUCCACAUCCUACCAGCGAUCCGACCCGGGCCCGCCGAGUGGUCGAGUCCUCUGCUCAGGGCGCUGAGUUCGAUUGGGGGACUGACUCGGAGAAGCCCCAAUUCGUUGGGUCCGAGAGCGUUCUUCUGCUCGGACUCUUCGGGCGACGGGUCGGACCAGGUGGUCCACAUCGAGGUCAAGGCGGCCGAGUCUGACGCCGAGGAGGUCGAGCCCAAGUCCUCCUCGGCCAUUGUGCCCACGUAUCCGAGGCCCGAGGACUACCUCACGGUUUUGGCCUUACCGUUGCCACAUAGACCACUUUUCCCAGGAUUCUACAUGCCAAUUUCUGUUAAGGAUCGUAAAGUAUUAGCAGCUUUAAAUGAAAGUCGAAAACGGCAAGCCCCAUAUGCUGGUGCUUUCCUUCUUAAAGAUGAGCCAGGGACUGAUCCUAGUGUGGUAUCUGGUUCUGAAUCCGAGAAAAGCAUAUAUGAAUUAAAGGGAAAAGAUUUGUUGAAUCGUCUUCACGAAGUUGGUACACUUGCCCAGAUUUCAAGUAUACAAGGCGAUCAAGUAAUCCUUAUUGGUCAUAGACGGCUUCGAAUCACAGAAAUGGCUAGCGAGGAUCCGCUUACUGUAAAAGUUGACCAUCUCAAGGAUAAACCAUAUAACAAGGAUGAUGAUGUCAUAAAAGCAACAUCAUUUGAGGUUAUAUCAACCUUAAGAGAUGUCCUGAAGACUAGUUCCCUUUGGAGAGAUCAUGUUCAAACUUACACUCAGCAUAUAGGUGAUUUUAAUUUUCCAAGGUUAGCAGAUUUUGGAGCUGCAAUAUCUGGUGCGAACAAAUUGCAAUGCCAGCUAGUGCUUGAAGAGCUAGAUGUGUAUAAACGUUUAAAACUUACACUUGAAUUAGUGAAGAAAGAAAUGGAAAUCAGCAAGAUCCAGGAAUCAAUUGCGAAGGCAAUUGAAGAAAAGAUCAGUGGUGAGCAGCGACGCUACUUGUUGAAUGAACAGCUUAAGGCCAUAAAGAAGGAAUUGGGAUUGGAGACGGAUGACAAAACAGCACUUUCUGCAAAGUUUAGGGAAAGGCUUGAACCAAACAGGGAGAAAUGCCCACCUCAUGUUUUGCAAGUUAUAGAAGAAGAGCUAACGAAGCUGCAGCUUUUAGAAGCCAGUUCGAGUGAAUUUAAUGUAACACGUAACUAUUUGGAUUGGUUGACUGCUCUUCCUUGGGGAAAUUAUAGCGAUGAGAACUUUGAUGUCCUUCGGGCACAUAAAAUUCUUGAUGAAGACCAUUAUGGAUUAGCUGAUGUAAAGGAAAGGAUAUUGGAAUUCAUAGCUGUUGGAAAUCUCAGAGGAACCUCCCAAGGAAAAAUAAUCUGUCUCUCUGGACCACCUGGGGUGGGCAAAACCAGCAUAGGUCGUUCUAUUGCCCGUGCCUUGAACCGUAACUUCUUCCGAUUUUCCGUUGGAGGAUUAUCUGAUGUUGCUGAAAUCAAGGGGCAUCGCCGAACCUAUAUUGGUGCUAUGCCAGGAAAGAUGGUGCAGUGCCUAAAAAAUGUAGGAACAGCAAAUCCUCUUGUUCUGAUUGAUGAGGUUGACAAGUUGGGAAGGGGACAUGCUGGUGAUCCAGCAAGUGCAAUGUUGGAGCUUCUUGAUCCUGAGCAAAAUGCUAAUUUUCUAGACCACUAUCUUGAUGUCCCAAUUGACCUAUCAAAGGUUCUGUUUGUCUGCACAGCAAAUGUUGUGGAAAUGAUACCCAGUCCUCUUUUGGAUAGAAUGGAGGUCAUUGCUAUUGCUGGAUAUAUUACUGACGAGAAAAUGCACAUUGCAAGAGACUAUUUGGAGAAGACUACGCGUGAAGCAUGUGGAAUCAAACCUGAGCAGGUUGAAGUGACCGAUGCAGCUCUUCUUGCUCUGAUAGAAAAUUAUUGCCGAGAAGCAGGAGUUCGGAAUCUCCAGAAGCACAUAGAAAAGAUUUACCGCAAGAUAGCUCUCCAACUUGUUAGACAACGAGCGUCAAACGAACCGGCAGUUGCUGGAGUUCAGGUUGCAGAACCUGAGGAAGCUCAAGUGGAACAUGCUGUAGUUCAGGUUGCAGAACCUGAGGAAGCUCAAGUGGAAUAUGCUAAUGGAUCGAGUGAAAAAGUGGUUGGAAGUGAGACUAUAGCUGACCCCGUAGAACAUAGCAGCCAUGGACAAACUACUGAAAUCUCUGCAGAAGCUGGCACAGUGGCAAUGGACCUCCCAGCUGAUCAAUCUCAGUGCCCUGCUGCUCAACCUUCGGAUUCAGAGGAUGUGACAGAUACCAAAAAGAUCCAGGAAAGUGAAGCAACUAAGACUAACAAGAAAGUUUUGGUCGAAGCAUCAAACCUAUCUGAUUUCGUUGGAAAACCUGUUUUCCAUGCUGAGCGGAUCUAUGAGCAGACUCCAAUUGGAGUUGUGAUGGGUCUUGCUUGGACUGCCAUGGGGGGCUCCACCCUGUAUAUAGAGACCUCUCAAAUUGAACAAGGAGAGGGGAAAGGGGCCCUGAAUCUCACCGGCCAACUUGGAGAUGUAAUGAAAGAAAGUGCUCAAAUUGCUCACACCGUUGCCAGAGCGAUAUUGCUUGAGAAAGAGCCAGAUAGCCAUUACUUUGCAAAUUCCAAGCUUCAUCUUCAUGUUCCUUCAGGGGCCACCCCCAAGGACGGGCCUAGCGCUGGUUGCACCAUGAUCACAUCCUUGCUGUCUCUUGCCCUGAAGAAGCCUGUCAAGAGGGAUCUAGCAAUGACUGGAGAAGUUACACUAACAGGGAAGAUUCUUCCAAUUGGUGGGGUUAAGGAAAAAACUAUAGCAGCAAGAAGGAGCGAAGUAAGGACCAUCAUAUUCCCUUCGGCUAACAGGAGGGAUUUCGAUGAGCUUGCAGCUAAUGUGAAAGAAGGCCUUGAUGUUCACUUUGUAGAUGAUUAUGAUCAGAUAUUUGAUUUGGCUUUCGGUAAUGACCAGAAUACGGGAAAAUAAGCUGGUUGUGCCCGCCAGUACGUUCUUGACAUACAACUCCCCUUUUUUUCUCUGGGAUUCUGGGUUGAGUUCUUUUUUUAACCCAAGCUAUAAGAGUCGAUCCCAGUUUUGUACUACAUUUUUUUAUCCGGAUGAUCUCAAGACUGUUCAUCGCUCGGUAUGACAUGAUGCACCAUUAUUUACUUGUUUUCAUUCAUGUAAAAUUGACAUCGCCCAUUUGUAAGAAGUAUGAAAUUAUCUGAGGUAAGUGGCGGCCAAAGAAGCUAAUGGCAGAUUGAUUUAUUCUUCGCCUGUUGUUGAUUAAUAUAUUUUGUUUGUAGCCUUUUGGGAUCCCUUUUUUGGAACUGGGAUUAUAGCAUAUGAGUGGAAAACAUCACAGACAACAAAAUUUAUGUUAAAAAUACCCGAAAUACCUGUGUUCUUGAACCAGGGGGAAUAAAAACCCUCCAGUGCAAAGUAAUUUGCUGUCUUCCAUUGAGGUUCUUAUGUAAGUUUUUACACUCUGAACAUUCUUGAUAUUUGUAAGUUCCAUUUAUAAGAA